AUGGCGGACGCUGGCGAUGCACACAGACCACGGCGCACACGACAUGGCCUCGUGGAUGUGGCGCCACUCUCACAGCUCGCACAGGACCAUUUUGCCGAUGUGUUGAAUUUCAUUCCGGAUGCUAAAACAUUGCUGAUCGACCCGACACUCGCUGGUCCCUUAAGCCUCAUGGUCGAUCUGGCCGCGCUGCGGCAACGCGGUGUCGAGAAAAUGUUUUGGAUGGAGGAAGUGUCUGUGGGACUAUCCCCAACGCGAUCCGUGCGCAUUCACGCACCAACAAAGCAGGUACUAUAUCUGUGCCGACCAGAACCACGGUGGAUGAAAACAAUACUUGCUCACUAUAUUGCUGAUCGAGAUGCGUCUGGGAAUGACGCCACGCUCGAAUUCGAAUACUCUGUGGCGUUUGUGCCGCGGCGCACCGAGGCAUGUGUCCAGUUCUUCCGCAAGCAUGGAUGUUUACAAGCCAUCAACAUGUUUGAUUUGGGUUUGGAAUUUUCUGUGAUCAACCCUGAUGUUCUAAGUCUUGAAGACCCCCUUGCAUGGCGCCGUCUCUUUCUCGAUGGCGAUCAUACCCCUCUCUUCCAUGCUGCCCACGCACUUAUGACACUCCAGCGGAUGUGGGGUGUUUUUCCACGCAUAGUCGGCAAGGGCGAUCUCGCGAACCGCCUGUGUGACUUACUUCUUCGACAAAGACGCGAAUUCCUUGCUACAGAUGACGAAGAUGGUAAUGCCCGCGUCCGCAGCAAUGGCACCGACCCCUCCAUGGGCACUCAGGUGAAUCCAACGCGGCUUCACAAACCUGCUACAGACAUUGAUGCUCUCGUCGUCCUGGACCGCACAGUUGACUUGGCCACCCCGCUGCUAACGCAACUCACGUAUGAAGGUCUCAUUGACGAUGUUAUGGGCAUCUCGAGCGGGUUCCUUAACGUUGACUCUUCGUGGGUCGGCGCUGCACAGUCCGCAGGCAGCGGUGCAUCCCGCAGAGUGCGCCUGGAUGGAAAUGAAGAUCCGCUCUUUGAGUCCAUUCGCGACGACAACUUCGCCAUUGUUGGCGAAAAGCUGCAUGCAGCUGCCAAGGAGCUCAGCAAAGACUAUGAGGGUAGACACCAAGCCCAGACAGUGGGAGAGCUUCGUGCUUUUGUCAACCGGCUUGGCACGUUGCAAAGUGGACACGCAAGCCUUCGCCUACAUACUUGUAUUACGGAGCACUUGCUCAAAACAACCAGCUCAGAACGCUUCCAUCUGCUGUUGGAAAUUCAGCAACACCUCGUGGCAGGUGCUUCGCUCGCCCCUCAGCUCCAAGCAAUCGAUGAGCUGAUAGAUCUCGGCGUGCCGAUGCUAGAUGUCUUGCGCGUUGCAUGCCUUGCGUCAUACAUACAUGGCGGCGUCAAAGCUUCCUGGCUUGAUGCCUUCCGCACUACGAUGGUACAUGCAUAUGGAUUCGAGUGUCUACCUCAAAUGAUGGCUUUGGAACGCAUGCGCAUUCUGUAUUCGUCGGCGGCAACCUCAUCCCCUAGUCCGACAACAGCACGGACUAGCAAGUGGACACAUGUUCUUCGACCGCUGCGGCUCAUUGACGACGACGUAAAUGAACGUGAUCCCUCCGAUAUUGGUUACGUAUUCAGCGGAUAUGCACCACUCUCCGUGCGGCUCGUGCAGACCAUUUGCCAGCAUGAGCAGACACUUCGUGAACGCCAGAAGCGCCCGCACAUAUACCCAAAAGCCGCGCGCAUCGCUGGAUGGCAUGGCGUCGACGACGCUGUGCUGCGUUGGCCCGGUGCUACAUUCGAUUUCCUCCCUAUAAAGGAGGCGCCAACGAUCCCUGAUGACAAGAUUCGAACAACGGUCGUGUUUUUUGUCGGUGGCGUCACCUAUGCGGAAAUUGCGGCGCUCAGACUUAUGAGUCAGCAGCAACAAACGCGCCGCUUUUUGAUUGCCACGACGAUCCAUCACAAACGGGAACGAUCUUUUGUGCAACACGAAAGCGUGAUAAGCCAUGGGCAGCCCCACAUUUUAGUUCAUUCUAGCAUGGUUCUCCCAAGAGACUGCAAGAAAAUGAAAAGAACGUCUUUCCCGGUUAAACGGUCGCCAAUGCAGGGACUGUGGCACCACGCUGGGAUGCCGUAG